AUGAGAUUUAUGGUUGUAUGUGGCUCCUCAGAAUCUCUAUCAAGGAAGCAACAACUAGCUCAUAAAUUCUUUGAAGAGACUGAGGAAUUAUCACCACGCAUAAUUGAAAUAAUAAAAACGGAAAUGAUGUACAACAACAAAAAGUAUAAAUAUGCCAUUGCUUCAUUUCCUUUUCUUCUAUAUAAGUGGUACUCUUCUCUAAAUAAAUACCUAAGAGACAAAGUUAGAGGGAUGGCAGAAUCAAAGAGAGUGGUGUAUGAAAAAACGGCGCAUGACACUAGCUUCCGUCGUACUUGGGACAAAGAAGAAUUCGAACGUCGCGCACGUGAACGAGCACGUCAAGAGCGCGAGCAACAAGAAGACGAAGACCGAAAACGUAAAGGAAUAAAACCAAAAUAUUCUGAAAGUUCAAUAGACGAGCCUCCGCGAGAUUUGCUAAGAGCUCGUACUGAGAGAGUCAUUCUAGAUGCAAAUCUAAAUAAAACACAGGUUGUACAAUCGACUAGUAUUGCUUCAAAACAGCCAGGCUUUUAUUGUAAAGAAUGUGACUGUGUUGUCAAAGACAGUGUAAAUUAUUUGGACCAUAUUAACGGAAAGAAACAUCAACGAGCCCUUGGAAUGUCAAUGAAAGUCGAGCGUAGCACCAUAGAUCAAAUCAAAGCAAAGUUCGAACAUUUGAAAAAGAAAAAGGAAGAAGAACAACAAAUAUAUGGAAAGUAUGCCAUUGAAAAAUGCAAAGAAAACAUGCAGAAGUUUAGAACAGAUGCCACUGAAACAACGAAAGAGAAUGAAGGAAACUUCGCUAAUAUAACGGAGGUUACGCUAAACUUUGAGAAAAAAGGAUCGUGGCAGACUGUGAUUCCAAAUCAUUUCAUGUACACCGG